AUGGUGGUUGUACGACUCAAAGAGCCAAGGUCCGUCAAAGAAGCCAUGACUCUUCCUGAAAGACAAAAGUGGAUCGAUGCGAUGAAGGCAGAGCUCGAUGCACUCGUCGAAAAUGGCACGUGGAAGGUUGUCGACGAACCAAAGAAGGGUACUAACAUCGUAGACAGCAAAUGGGUUUUGAAGAUCAAAUUUGAUGCCGAUGGUGACGUUGAGCGCAUUAAGGCAAGACUUGUUGCCCGAGAAUUUAUUCAGAACUUGCUUGGACUGCUACUGACUCAUGGCGACGUUCCUAAUGCCUACGUGAAGAGUUUGCUGCGCGAAGUCAUCUACAUGAAGGCACUCAGGGAGCUGGACGUCGAGGCGGGCAAGGUACUCAAGCUGCUAAAGCCAUUGUAUGGACCUUAA